AUGAAAACUGUUCUCUACCUUCUAAUCGUUUUAUUUUUGCCUUUUGCGACAGCGACUGCCGGUCUGUUUGACCUUGCAGAAUACCGACGGGUUUCUUAUGACGCCAGUAUCGGAGAAGACUUUCUUUGGUUCGCUCCAGAUUUGGACCUUCGAGAAGUGACUGUUAAGAAUAUCGAUGAUUUUGAGAAACGAAUUGUAGCUAAUAUUCCUGAUGAAUCACUUCCAAAUUAUGUAUUUGUGACGAGUAAAGGCGGACAGAAAUUUGCAUGUUCUUUGCCGGAUGUCGAAGAAUUGAAGAAGCCUAACUCUCCACGAAGCAGCAAAAACCCAAAAAUAUACGGAGAUGCUCUCGCUGCUAGUUUCUAUGUUGAUAAGUGUGUGAAACUACGUGGAAAUCACUGGUGGGCAUAUACUCUCUGUAGAGGACAAACUGUGGAGCAAACCCAUGGAGAACCUGGGCAAGAAGGAUAUGUAAAAAAUAUUCUCGGGUUAUAUGAUGGUAGUUUGACAAUGCCUUCUUAUCAAGAAUCAACAGAAGAUCGCCUUCUUUAUGUGGAAGAAUUAUACACAAGUGGAACAUUCUGUGAUCUUGAAGAAUAUCGAGAACCAAGAAAAACAACAGUUCGAUACGAAUGUGAUUCUCAGCUAAGCACUAACGAAGCAUACGUUUCAUCAGUAGCAGAAGUGAGACCUUGUCAAUAUCUGAUGAUCAUUAAAGUUGGAACAUUAUGCCAUUAUCCUGAAUUUCUCCCCGCCAGUCAAGCAAAUACUAAGAAUAUCGGAUGCCAGCCAUAUUUGUCCAAGAAAGAUGUACGUCUGAUGCUGGAACGUCAGCUCGAAGAAACGAGACGACAGGAUCGCAAUAAGAAGCAGGUGGCAUUGGCUCGCAAAGAGUUUCAUAGAUCUCUUGCAAGAUAUAAUGCAAUCACAAAAUCUUCACGAAAUAUGUAUAUUAAAGAUGAUAUUAAAAAGAAGAAUGCUGAAAUGGACUACCACGCUGCUCAUUUCAAUUUGCUUAUCGCGAGUCUAGAACUUGAAGGAGAACCGAUUACUAAGAAAAAACAAGACUACAUGUGGAAGCUUUUCAGCACUGCCGAUGUGGGCGAUUAUAUGUUCUAUGCUGAUUACGAUUCCAUUUCCGACGAAAAUCGUGCUCAUUUAUGGUAUUACUUCAACGAUCCAACUUGGCCAAAAGAUCAAUUUCCGAAAGAUAUUCUUGCAACAGCGGUUCAAAAUGCGUACAUCGACGAGGUCCGAGAAGUGCUACAGUCAAGUUACAAUUUAGACUAUGAUAAGAAUGGGUUUGCCGUUGGAAUAAGAGAGUUUCUUAAAACUGGCGUAGUCCUUCCGGAAACAAAUUUAGUUAUUCCUGCAAUGGAUGUCUACGAUACUAUUAUUGACAUCAACACGGAGUUUUCUAUGGAUAGAUACGCGUGGCUUCAAUUGAUCUAUUUACGUUUGUCGGAAGAUAGAGAAGAAUUCGAGCUUAUAGAGAAGAUUAUUGAAUCAAUUAUGAAACCUCAGAAGAAAAGAAAUUAUUUUCCAUUGGGAAACAUAUCAGAAGAAGCGCUUUCGUACGUAAUUGAUGAAGUGUGGGACGAUUUGAUCGAAAUCAGUGAAAAUGGGCCAAAUAGCGAAAUCUUCCAAGUCGAAUCGAACGCUCAGAAAGGAAUUUAUGAAAUUCUUCAAAUUAUUCCAUACCCGAAAGAUCAGCCUAAAAGAAGAGGAAAACACAGGUUUAACUACAAGAUUUUCCUUCCGGAGGACAAACUUGCUCAUGAAAUGGAAACAGAAUAUUUCCAUCUUCUCGCUCCCAUUUAUCAGCUUCUGAGUAUCAAUUGGUUCCACCGAAAGAAUGAAAACUAUUUCCAUGUUAGUCCAACGUCAAGAGAUUUUCUGAAACCAAGUGACUCAGACGACUAUAAAUUCCACUACAAUCUUGCACGUGACAUGGGAUUUUUUGGUCGAAUGUUGGCCUUUACCACCGUGGCUAAAAUCAAAGACUUUGAAAACUGGAGAGAUGGCGUGGUAGAUGAACAAAUAAUAACGGAUGAAGAUCUUCAAAAUUCUUUCAUGGAAAAACCGUUAGUAAUUGAUGAGGAGACAAUGGAUACUGCGGCGUUUGUUCUUUAUGAUCGUAUGGGUCCUACCAUGGUGAACGCCGCUAAAAGAAUUCUUUGGAAGAAAAAGGUUGAAGGAUACAAAAUAAAAUACUGGGUGAAAGAUCGGAAACUGCGGAAGCAAGCUCAAUCAAUGCAAGGGUUAAUGAAGGAUCUUUUGUCGGUCAAAGAUGACAGUGAUGCGUUUGUUUCAUUAGGUGGUAACAGUGGUUCUUCUAACAAAAAGAAAGAAAUAUUCGAUGAGAAGUUUUUGAAGAAGUUAUCAAUGUUAGAAUCUGCGGAUGACCUAGAUGUGGAUUCCAUCAAGGAAAGUAUAUAUUUAACUGACGAUGACUUCUCCAAUUUGGAUGAUAUGCAACAUGUUCUCGAUUUGUUAGAAAAAGCUGGACUCAGCAAGAAAACUGAAGUUCAAAUCAAAAUGUUCGACGCAGAUGGCAAUGAAGUCCAAAGUGACGAGCUUGAUGCAGUGGCAAAGAGCCUUCUUGACGUAGCCGAUACAGUAAACCGUAUGAAGGAUUCGGAAAGAGCUUACUUGAAGAAACUUCUGGAAGACAUCCAGGCUGGAGAAGAAGAAGAAAAAGAUUAA